CGGGUGACCCCCCAGCCCCACGCCCGACGUCCAGGGCAAAGACGGCUCCUAGCGCUGGGGGCGACCGCCCAGGUACGCGGGACGGAGUUCGCCGAGCUUGCGGCGCCGGAGCCGGGACGGCCGGCCGCGGCCCCGGGUCAGUCCGCGCUUUGCCUUUGACGCAUCGGAGCGCCGUUUUCUGCAGGAUGAAGGGCUUCUCGCCGCCGGCAGAGUUGUUUUUGCGCAAGCGGCUCGCGGUGCUGAGAGCGCUCAAGGUCUGAACUUCCCUCCAGAGCUGCAGUUGGAGCAGGCGGGCGUGCGAGGAGCAGCAGCCGCGCGGAGCUGAGGCCACCCUCGGGGCGAGCCGUGCGCCCCCGGGACGAAGGCGGCCAAGCUCCGGGACCCCCGGUGUUCUAGGUACUGGCGACCCCGGCUGGGGAAGGCACGGGCUCUCGGCAACAUGGCUUCUCCGCCCCACCAGCAGCUGCUGCACCACCACAGUACCGAGGUGACCUGUGACUCCAGCGGAGACAGCAACAGCGUACGGGUCAAGAUCAACCCCAAGCAGCUGUCCUCCAGCCACCCCAAACACUGCAAGUAUAGCAUCUCCUCCAGCUGUAGCAGCUCCGGGGACUCCGGGGGGGUCCCCCGGAGAGUGGGUGGCGGAGGCCGCCUGCGUAGGCAGAAGAAGCUGCCCCAGCUGUUCGAGAGGGCCUCCAGCCGGUGGUGGGACCCCAAGUUCGACUCGGUGAACCUGGAGGAGGCCUGCCUGGAACGCUGCUUCCCGCAGACCCAGCGCCGGUUCCGGUAUGCGCUCUUCUACAUCGGCUUCGCCUGCCUUCUCUGGAGCAUUUAUUUUUCUGUCCACAUGAGAUCCAAACUUAUUGUCAUGGUAGCCCCUGCACUGUGCUUCCUCGUGGUGUGUGUGGGCUUUUUUCUGUUUACCUUCACCAAGCUGUAUGCCCGGCAUUACGCGUGGACGUCGCUGGCUCUUACCCUGCUGGUGUUCUCCCUGACCCUGGCUGCGCAGUUUCAGGUUUUGACGCCUCUUUCAGGACGUGUUGACAGCUCCAAUCAUACUCGCGCAGUCAAGCCCACAGACACUUGCUUAUCUCAAGUGGGGAGCUUUUCCAUGUGCAUUGAAGUGCUCUUUUUGCUCUACACAGUCAUGCACUUACCUUUGUACUUGAGCUUGUUUUUGGGGGUGGCCUAUUCUGUUCUUUUUGAGACCUUUGGCUAUCAUUUCCGAGAUGAAGAUUGUUUUCCUUGGCCGGCGGCUGGGGCCCUGCACUGGGAGCUGCUGAGCAGGGCCCUGCUCCAUGGCUGUGUCCACGCCAUUGGCAUCCAUCUAUUCAUCAUGUCUCAGGUGAGGUCCAGGAGCACCUUCCUAAAGGUGGGACAGUCUAUUAUGCAUGGGAAAGAUCUGGAAGUGGAAAAAGCUCUCAAAGAGAGGAUGAUCCAUUCUGUUAUGCCAAGAAUCAUAGCUGAUGACUUGAUGAGACAGGGGGAUGAAGAGAGUGAGAAUUCUGCCAAGAGGCAUGCCACCUCAAGCCCCAAGAACAGGAAGAAAAAGUCUUCCAUACAGAAAGCUCCUAUAGCAUUCCGCCCUUUUAAGAUGCAACAGAUUGAAGAAGUCAGUAUUUUAUUUGCAGAUAUUGUGGGCUUCACCAAGAUGAGCGCCAACAAGUCUGCUCAUGCCCUGGUGGGUCUCCUGAAUGAUCUGUUUGGUCGCUUUGACCGGCUCUGUGAAGAGACCAAGUGUGAGAAAAUCAGCACUCUGGGAGACUGUUACUAUUGUGUGGCAGGGUGUCCAGAGCCCCGGGCAGACCAUGCCUACUGCUGCAUUGAAAUGGGCUUAGGCAUGAUAAAGGCCAUCGAGCAGUUCUGCCAGGAGAAGAAAGAAAUGGUAAACAUGCGCGUUGGGGUUCACACGGGGACCGUAUUAUGUGGCAUAUUGGGCAUGAGGAGAUUUAAAUUCGAUGUGUGGUCCAAUGAUGUGAACUUGGCCAACCUCAUGGAGCAACUGGGAGUGGCUGGCAAGGUUCACAUUUCUGAAGCUACUGCAAAGUACUUAGACGACCGGUACGAAAUGGAAGAUGGGAAAGUUAUCGAACGCCUUGGCCAGAGCGUGGUUGCUGACCAGUUGAAAGGUUUGAAGACAUACCUGAUAUCGGGUCAGAGAGCCAAGGAGUCUCGCUGCAGCUGUGCAGAGGCCUUGCUUUCUGGCUUUGAGGUCAUUGACGGCUCACAGGUGUCCUCAGGCCCUAGGGGACAGGGGACAGCGUCGUCAGGGAGUGCCAGUGACCUGGCGCAGACUGUCAGAACCUUUGAUAACCUUAAGACCUGCCCUUCAUGUGGAAUCACAUUUGCUCCAAAAUCUGAAGCUGGUGCAGAAGGAGGAGCCGUCCAAAAUGGCUGUCAAGAUGAGCAUAAAAACAGCACCAAGGUAACAAGCUCAUGGCUGUUGUUCCUGUCAGUUCCUCUCCUGGCGCAUCCACCUAAGGCUUCUGGAGGACCUAAUUCUAAAACUCAAAAUGGACUUCUGAGCCCUCCCCAAGAGGAGAAGCUCACCAACAGUCAGACUUCUCUAUGUGAGAUCUUACAGGAAAAGGGAAGAUGGGCAGGGGUGAGCUUGGACCAGUCAGCUCUUCUUCCACUGAGAUUCAAGAAUAUCCGGGAGAAAACUGAUGCCCAUUUUGUGGAUGUCAUCAAAGAAGACAGCCUGAUGAAAGAUUAUUUUUUUAAGCCGCCCAUUAAUCAGUUCAGCCUGAACUUCCUGGAUCAGGAACUAGAGCGAUCCUACAGGGCCAGCUAUCAAGAAGAGGUUAUAAAGAAUUCCCCUGUGAAGACCUUUGCCAGUGCCACCUUCAGCUCCCUUCUGGAUGUGUUUUUGUCGACAACAGUGUUUCUCAUUCUCUCCAUCACCUGCUUCCUGAAGUACGGGGCCACUGCUGCGCCUCCCCCUCCUGCUGCCCUGGCAGUCUUUGGCGCCGCCCUGCUGCUAGAGAUGCUGUCCCUUGUGGUGUCCAUCAGGAUGGUGUUUUUCCUGGAGGACGUCAUGGCCUGCACCAAGCGCCUGCUGGAGUGGAUCUCAGGCUGGCUCCCGCGCCACUGCAUCGGGGCCAUCCUAGUGUCACUGCCGGCACUUGCCGUCUACUCUCACGUCACCUCUGAGUUUGAGACAAACAUACAUUUCUCCACGUUCACUGGCUCAGCUGCGCUGAUCGCCGUGGUGCACUACUGCAACUUCUGCCAGCUCAGCUCCUGGAUGCGGUCUUCCCUUGCCACUGUCGUGGGAGCCGGGCCACUGCUUCUGCUCUACGUCUCCCUGUGCCCAGACAGUUCCAUGGUAACUUCACCCCUUGAUGCACUACAGAAUUUCAGCUCCGGAAGGAAUCUGUGCAAUAGCUCCUUGCCACGUGACCUCAGGAGGCCAGCCAGCCUGAUCGGCCAGGAGGUGAUCCUUGUCUUCUUCCUCCUGCUCUUGUUGGUCUGGUUUUUGAACCGAGAAUUUGAAGUCAGCUACCGCCUCCACUACCACGGGGACGUGGAAGCAGAUCUUCACCGCACCAAGAUCCAGAGCAUGAGGGAUCAGGCCGACUGGCUGCUGCGGAACAUCAUCCCCUACCAUGUCGCCGAGCAGCUGAAGGUAUCCCAGACCUACUCCAAGAACCAUGACAGUGGAGGCGUGAUCUUUGCCAGCAUCGUCAACUUCGGUGAGUUCUAUGAGGAAAACUACGAAGGAGGCAAGGAGUGCUACCGGGUGCUCAACGAGCUCAUCGGGGACUUUGAUGAGCUCCUGAGCAAGCCAGACUACAGCAAUGUCGAGAAGAUCAAGACCAUUGGGGCCACAUACAUGGCAGCGUCAGGGCUGAACACCGCCCAGGCCCAGGAUGGCAGCCACCCGCAGGAGCACCUGCAGAUCCUGUUUGAGUUCGCAAAGGAGAUGAUGCGUGUGGUGGAUGACUUCAACAACAACAUGCUGUGGUUCAACUUUAAGCUCAGAGUCGGCUUCAACCACGGGCCCCUCACGGCCGGGGUCAUCGGCACCACCAAGCUGCUAUAUGACAUCUGGGGGGACACCGUGAACAUCGCCAGCAGGAUGGACACCACCGGUGUCGAGUGCCGCAUCCAGGUGAGUGAGGAGAGCUACCGUGUCUUAAGCAAGAUGGGCUAUGAAUUUGACUACAGGGGGACGGUGAACGUCAAGGGAAAGGGCCAGAUGAAGACCUACCUUUACCCAAAGUGCACGGACAAUGGGGUCGUGCCACAGCACCAGCUGUCCAUCUCCCCAGACAUCCGCGUUCAGGUGGAUGGCAGCAUUGGACGGUCUCCCACAGACGAGAUUGCCAACCUGGUGCCUUCUGUCCAGUAUCCGGACAAGACGUCUCUGGGCUCUGACAACAGCACGGUGCAGGCCAAGGACACUUACCUAUCCUCUAAGAGACCCUGGAAGGAGUCCCUCAAAGCUGAAGAAAAGUGUCAGUUUGUCCAAACUUUAGAGGAAAAUGACUGUGAAGACAUGGGAAUGGAAGAAGCCAAUGAACUCACCAAGCUCAACGUCUCAAAGAGUGUGUGAGCUGCCCGAGGUGCUUUGCUCAUGGAAACACAGUAAUAUUUGUAUUGGGCUGUUGUGUUUUCUCAGCGCCACAGCCUCCAUCCCCGGACAUGAUGUUAUGUGGUCAUUUCAGCCCUAACUUCUGUGUGGAUCACAGUUAUUCAGGGUUCAUUUUCAUCCAUUUCUUUCCCUUUCAUCCCUUCCCUGGACAUUCCCCCUUGGGGUGAUCUGCUCAGCACGUGAAGAGAACAAGUGCCUUCAGGGCUCGGCCUUGGCCUUGAGUCUAGGGACAGAGGCCAACAGUGGAAAUCAUGGCUUUGGGUAUUAUUUGACAUUUCAAACAAAAGCUGUGGUUGAGAUACCAUUUUCAUUGCUUUUUCUCAUGAGACACUUAUUUCCGGGGGCGGGGGUCGCUAAUGCAAUGUUUUUUAUUUCUUUUCCUGUAUCCCCAUAAUAGUGUCUCCCAGUUACCUUCCCUUUCUACUUAAGCACAUAUACGCACACACUUUCAUUUCUGAAUCUGAUAUAAAGUGCCAGUAAUUCACUGAGAGGGGGUAUAAGAUGGGAGCAUGGGCACCUGCACCUUCCUAGGCACCUGGGCCCUGGCAGGCUAUGGGUAGACCAGGUUCCCUAUGCCAGGGGGCUCCAGGGAUUCCACCACGGUAGGCCAAGUUGCAGAUGCUAACUGGGCACAAAGCCUGUGCACCCAGGCCUCAGGUAUCUCAAAGCCACUCAUCCUGACCCUUCGCCGAGGGGUCUUCCAAUUGGGGAUGAAGGUGUUUGUUUCAGAAGCUGACAUGUCUGAGGAGAGACUCCAAAUAAAUGUCUGAGGGUCGCAUUUAUUUAUUUAUUUAUUUAUCAGAAAGGGGGGGGGGCAGGAGCCCUGGGCAUCUGGUUGGAGGGAAAUAGCCUGUGGGGCACUUCACAGGAUGAUGAGAUGUCCCUUAAUGUUUCGGCCACCUACGGCCACCUCCCCUUGAGCCACGUCCACUGCAGUUCUAGGGCUGAGGGAAGCUCUGCAGCUGCCCCUGCUGCCUACAGGUCCCCUGUCUGGUUCUCGGGAUGGAAACCCAGCUGGGUGCAGAGCAGGCCUAGGCAGGUGGUGGCACUGUCCCGGCUCCCACAGACUUUGGGACUUUCUUCUCUCCUGCUCUCAGGCUGUGUAGGGCCUGUUUGUCACAGGAUUUAGUCUUGUGAGCUAAUCUCAGCCUCUUGAGCUGGUGUCCUUAAACUGUACUUAAGGACAGAGUCAUCUGUGGGGGAAGGAAGUGUCCAGCCAAGGGCAGGUUAGAGAAAAGCUGAGAGGAGAAUCGUUUUUUGAUCUUGUUUGUAAUGAAGUUUUGCCAUGUUGAGUGUGAAGUUGAUAUCACAGUGAACUCAGGCCAGAGUUGUCCUGGCACCAUCAUCAUGAUUCUUCCAGGUGACACCAGCAUACAGCUCACGGGACAUUGCAGGCAGCUCCUGAUGUGUUGGUCUUCCCUGAUGUGCCUGGUGUGUCUGCUCUUUGCUGGUAAAUCACACUAAUUCUCACAUCUGCAUCAAGUCCUGGCAUCACUCCUCUUCCCCAAAGACGUAUAGAUCUGCCAUUUCCAGCGUAAGGAAAUAGCAAUUCUGAUCCGCCCUCCUUCAGGGGAUGUAUCUGAGGCCGCUACCCCACAGCGCAGCUGGCACCGGGAAGCUGACAUCUGGGGAUUGAGGGCUUCUCAGUAACUUUAAAAUUUUCCUCUAGGUUUUACUGUCAGUUUGUUGGUCUGCCAAUAAUGAAGAAAGGAUGGCUGUGAUAAUACCUCUUGCUUCUAAAGAAUGUAUUCUUAUACAAUACCACAGAUUUUUUUUUUUUUCUUAAAAAAAGAAAACACUACCUGAUGCUUCCCUUGUACGUAGGGAUUGUGGGCACAUCAGGAUUGUUCUGCCAUCAGUAUUAAGGUGUGUAUUUGAAUGUCCUCUCCUUUGCCUCCCACCUCCAUGCUGCUUAGCUUUGAGGGGCUGGGCAGUUGCUGAUGUCUUUGCUGUCUUGCUCAGAAUGUACUCUACAAAGUUCAUCUCUGCUCACACUUCUCCAUCCAACUCUUUUCCUUCCCUUACCACAAAGGUGUCUGUGGCUCCUCACCCUGGAAACCCAAGGAGCUGCAAAACUGAAGUCUGGUUCAGCAUUGUGCAAAUAGGAGCCUCUGACAAAGGGCAACUCACCCAGAGUUUAAAUUUGUCUUUAAAAAACACCCUGAGCCUUCUUAAGUAACCAGUACAGAUGUUCUGUCUGGGCCAUGAAGCCCCUCGGGCCUUUCCACUUCCCUGCUCCGAAGCAUACCUCAGUGCAUGCAGAAACACAGAACCUCUGCAGCAGAAACGUGUGUGUCUCAGUCCCUUGGCAUUGAACAAAUAGUCCUAGAGACACACAAGUUCUUAAGUAGUGGGUUCAAGUGCUAUGGAUAGGAUGGAUGGUUCUUCAGGGUGGCAAUACCUCUUAGGAAUUUGAGGCAGGAAACAAUACUUCAGAAUUGAAUGUGUGUAAAUAGUUGCUUUGAGUCGCAGUUGCUAUUUCCUCCUCAGCCCCAGCUCAGAUCAAAUGAUAUAUCCAUAUAUAUGAUAAACAAGCACACGUCAUUGUAUCCGAUGCGGACAAAUGUAGAGCAUCAGUUAUGAAACCCUUCAAUAGUGUGAGGGUCCCACAGAUUGUGCCACCCCUGCGCAUGACUCCACGGACACUGACUUUGCUGGUGGGGCUGCACCUGCACAUUUGCACAUGACACGGGGAGCCAAAGGGCCACGUGCUUCUCAUUACUUGGGCUGUAAUCAUUUGUAGUUUCCAAAGAUACAUCUGCAUUUGAAUUUCUAGAUUUUCGAAGUAAGCAUUCUUUGGUUGUUUCGAAAAUCUUAUGCAUAGAAUCUGAAAUUAACCAACUGUUUGCAUUUUCCAUAUUUUCUUUGAUCUGCUCUUUUUAAAUUGUUAAUUCUAGUAAUUUCAAAUUGCAUUCACUGAAGAAAUGGACAUUAAAAUAUUCUAAAAUCUAAA